AUGGAAGCGGCGCGAGAGAAAACUGUGGACCUGAAACGCAGAAUAAAAGAGACAGAACAGAACAAUGAUGUUAUAGUUGCUACCAUUGAACGUACGAAGCGCAUGAUCCAGAGGGCCCGUCUGGAGCGAGCAAUUUUGAUGGAACGUUUGGAGACUCAAGCGAAUCACAUUGUCGCCACGGAGCUGGAAUCUCCCCCGGACUCACCUGUUUUCCGGGAGCCCAGCGAGAAUCCCGUGGAAAAACGCAAGGAGACUAAAAAGCAGCCGGCGCUGCGCGAUCCGUCGCUACCCAAACGCCCUCAGAAUGCCUACAUAAUAUUCUGCGACACCGAGCGAGAGAAUAUAAAGCGCAAGCUCGAGGAGGCGCAUCCAGACGGCAAUUUCGACGUCAACAAGGUACUCUCCGAAAAAUGGAAAAGCUUGGGGGCCGCUGGCCGCCACGACUAUCACGAACUGUACAAAAAGGACCGACUGAGGUAUGCUCGAGAAAUGGCGCUUGUUCCCUCGGCGGGACUGUCUCCUACUGUUCAAAAAGAAAAGCAGCGGGCUGCAACUUACUUGAAGAAAGUGGAGAUGGAUGGAGAUGGUGAGGCGGGUACUAAACGCAAGAGCCCCAUGGAAGAUGACAGCGAUUUCAUGAGUGAGGAUGGGGACGAUGUUACAGAAGACGAGGAUCUACGACCAAAGGAGGACACUCCUGCCAAGCACAUCAAGCUCGAGCCGAGCGAGUCGGCGCUUGAGCAGCCGAGCAAACCUGGCGAGCCCGCAGCACACCCUGCAGAGCCCGCAGCACCAGCAGCCGUUGCCCCGGUAGAACCUAUAAGCGAAGCAAAUACAUGA